ACUUUGGGCACUACGGUUUUGCGCAGUUGUUAAUGCGUCCUGAUUCAUUCAGACAUAAAAGCGUAUUAUUAGGGUUUGAAAGAUACUGAAUACGUCUGUUAAAUUUUCUGUAUAACGACGUUCUGUUUGUGUAUCUAUCUCAUCCCGUUCUUACCGGAUAAGAAUUCAACUAAGUCAGAUUAGAAUGAGAAUUAUCCUCCCGUAUGGUCUCUUUGUACUCCCAUAUACCCCUUUGGGACUAGUAAUUGUGAUUUUGCGUCUGGUAAUAUUUCUGCACGCGUUCCUAGCUUCAUGGGUGCUAUCUCAGUUCGAAUCCCUUCGAAGGUUGGUUAUAUCGGUACUGAACUCUAUAUUCAGAUUCGUGCUGCGCUCUAUGUGCACUGUUCUGGGUUUAGUUGUAUAUAUCGAUUCAGAUCUUCGUACCGAUCGAAACACAUGUAUGCCUUUUGUAUCCAAUUAUGUUACUUUGUUUGACCACUUGGUACUGUGUCUAUCCGAGGAUUGUAUCACACCGAAUACACAUGUCUUCCAUUGGAAGUCAAUUCCACAUAACAAAGAAAAGACUCGUUCCGUUCCUGAAUUCGUCCUUCGGUGUGCACGAGACAAUCAUCAACCUGUUCAUCUACUUCCUGAAAAAGCACCGUCUGGUUCUUCUGAUUGCCUUUUCAAGUUUGAUCACAAAAUGUUUGGUUCAGUGGAUAAAGUACAACCUGUGGCGCUUAAGGUUAAUCGAAUCUUUCCUAUUAAAUUAGUGGUUCAUCCUGUUUUUUGGUUUAUGGAGCUUUUGUGGCAGUUCUUCACUCCUUUUACAUAUUAUCAUGUCAAAUAUUUAACUCCAAUUAGUCGGAUGUCUAAUGAAACAGAUGAGGAUUUCUGUGAAAGGGUUCGUUCUGCUAUUGCUUACUCCCUUGGAGCUACACUCAGCCCAAUAAAUGCUGAACAUCUGGCAGAUUACACUGGAGCGGAAUCACCCAUUACUUCGCUUUCUAUCCAUAAUGCGCGAUCUUGUACUAUGUCUAGUUUAUCCGCAACGCCACCCAGUUCCCCUUUGUCUAGAAAGCAUUCUACGAGUUCAUCAAGCGAUUCUUUAAUUUCAAACAUACUCGAUUCUGAUGGAGUUCGUCUUCGCCACUGUAUUCAGCCCAAUCAUAAAGCCUCCGAGACCUACUCAUGCUUCACUUUCGAACAUCUAGUACCUCGAAUCAGUGAAAUACUUCGUGACAUACCGGCGUUUCGGAUCCGUGAAGCUCUUGUGAAUACUCAAGGUGACGUUGAAUCAGCUAUUGAUUACCUUUUGGAAAAUCCACAUGACUCGGAUACUCAACGAGACAGUAAUCAGGGCGACCCCACUGUGUCUGCUAUGUCUCCCAGCAGGUUCACAGUUGCUGCUCCACAGUUCCUAUCAAACUCUAGUUCACGUCAAUUGAGCCUUAGUGAACGUCGUGAAGCUCUUUUGAACCAUGCGCGUCAGCUGUAUCUUUCCCGUCAGCAAAGAUCCACCUAAUUCAUGAAGUAACAUCCCGCCGUUUGACAGUCCUUUAAAGUUAAUGAACUGUGAUUCUUCCCGUAUACUUUUGACCGCCAACUACUUUCUCGUUAACUCGAAUGUUAAUAAGUCAAAGCCCCAUCUGAUAAAUCCUGAUUACUUUAAUUCUGAGUUUAUUAGUUUCUCAUCAUUGUAUCAUAUCAAAAUAUCUUUCGAUUUU